AUAAGUUCCUCGUGUUGCAUUUUUUUUAAAGAAUGCACAAUUUGUCAUGCGCGAAUCAUUGUCUUUUGGACAGCCUUGUUGAGAACCACGCAUACGCCAUGAAGACAAACAUUUUGUUAACGCUCGCUUUUGCGAUUUGUUUCCAUGCAGAGGGAGGACCUACAAAGCGCCCUAUUGCAGGAGGGAGACUUCCCCUCCCGCACAUCCGCUUCCCCGGCAAAAAAUUCGCACCCCCUUCUCAAGACCCUGACUACGGGCCUGCGGCCAUUCAGUGUUUUGAAUGCAGCGGUGCCACGUGUAAUGAUCAUUUUGACAAGAGUGGCCAAAUACUCCUUGAUAACUGUACUCAGUGCAAAAAGACAAAAGGAAACUUUCAUGGUGUGAAUGGCGUGACACGAAGUUGUUUAACUUCCAAUGCUGGUUCAAACGGAUGCCGAAAAAUUGAAUUGUAUGGCUUGGAAAUGACCGAGUGUCUCUGCAGCACCGAUGGAUGCAACGGAGGCUCAUCAGUCUACGUUACCAUGGCGACCGUCCUUCUCCCACUUCUGGUGUUUGCGAACCAUGUUUUCUAAAUGCAAUUGAUUUCAUUUGCUUGUGAAACACCUGUUUACACGCAUUCACCGAUUUUGUGUGUAAACUGCUGGUGAUAACAUUGACAAUAUUCUUUAAUGAAAAAUAUAUACGCCGUUGCUCCUCUUACUUCCGUAUACUCGAACCUAUACAGUUUUUGAGUGUUAACCAUUUACAAUGAAAUAAUGGAAAUAUAACGAGGCUUUCGAUAUGUCA